AUGAUUGGGGACCAAUUAGGAGCUGGCGUCGAAGGUUACUCAGCUGCUAGAAUUAAGCGUGAGUUUGGAAUAGUACGCGAUGAUAUCGAAGCACCACAUAUGGGUAUUCCAGAACUUGGACCUCGUAUUCAUAUGUAUACGGAUGAUACGAAUAGCAUGCUUGCACUAGCUCAUAGUCUUGUUGUGAAUGGCGGCUUGAAAGCUAAACAUGCAGCAAAAUCUUACGCAGAAUUUUGGUCCACUGGAAUCAAGCGAGGCUAUCCUGACUCUGCUCAAACAAGUAUGCAGUGUGUACUCGAUGAUAAUAUAGACUAUCGUAAGUGUGGACGUAUUAGCUUUCCUGAUGGAUCGUUUGCCAAUGGUGGAGCGAUGCGAAUAGCUCCAGUUGCUCUCGCCUUUCAUGAUGCAUCUGAUGAACAACUCUAUGAAGCAGUUCGUAUGUCCAUUAUCUCUUCACAUGUGCAUCCUGAAGGUAUAGAUGGAGCAUUUGUUUUGGCUAAAGCCAUUAUCUUGGCUCUUCGUUGCGAAUCGGUUGACGCUUUUAACCCAUCUGAAUAUCUCAAUGUUCUACAUUCGAUCGCACGAACACAUGGUAUGCAGAAUCAGAUUACAAAAUUGAUUGCACUCUAUAAUAAGCAGUAUGGUACAAUUGGUGCGAGUCGAACAAAAAGAACGGAUUACGAAGUAGUACGAUUAUUUGGUAACAGUUUUCAACUUAAAGCAAUCGAAGCAAUCCCAUGUGCCUUAUGGGUUGUAUGCACAAGUUAUCGUGAACCUGAAGAAUGCCUCGUUCGUGGUGUAAACAUGGGUGGUGACACUGAUACUGUGACAGCAAUUAUCGGAGAUAUUGUUGGUGCUUUGCAUGGUUGGCGAUGGAUUCCUGCUCGAUGGUAUGAUAAUAUAGAACCGAAUUCCGACGAGAAUAUGGGUAGAGGAAAAGACUAUGCCAUUGAUUUAGCAAAGAAACUGGCCGAAAUGAACUUGAAUAAUGUACUAGAUGACGAUGAUUAA